AUGGCGGGCAAUGUUUACAACGUCGGCAUCAUUGGCUAUGGCACGUCUGCCAAAGUCUUUCACAUCCCCUUCAUCACCAGCAACCCCCAAUUCAAACUGCAUGGCAUAGUUCAGAGGAGCCCCAAGGAUGGCAACUCGGCACCUCAGAGUCACCCGGAAGCCAAGCACUACACCGACGUCAAGCAGCUGCUGACGGACCCCGAGGUCCAUGUUGUCGUCAUUACGACGCCGCCCGACAGCCACUUCGAGCUCACCAAAUCCGCCCUCGAGGCUGGCAAGCAUGUCCUCGCAGAGAAGCCGUUCGUACCAACCUCCGCAGAGGCCGAAAAGCUCAUUGCCAUUGCCAAAGAACAGCAGCGGCUCGUUUGCGUCUACCAGAACCGGAGGUGGGACUCCGACUUUUUGCUGGUAAAGCAUCUCGUUUCAAACGGCAUGCUCGGACGAGUCCUCGAGUUCUUCACCCACUUUGCCCGCUACCGGGCUACCGCCCCAACCAACUGGAAAGCUGAACUCGGCAUUGCUUCCGGUGGCAGCGCCCUUUUCGACCUGGGAACCCAUCUCAUUGACCAGAUCUAUGUUCUCUUCGGAAUGCCUCAGGCUGUUCACGGACGGCUGUUGUCCCAGAGAACCGGCAAGGCCGACUUUGUCAACCCUGAUGCUGUCUCGGCUGAAUUCACCUAUCCCGAUGGCAAACUGGUCAACAUCCGUAUCAGUGCUCUCAGUGCUGAGAGACCCCAGCCCAGGUUCUGGGUUCGUGGGCACAAAGGCAGCUUUCACAAAUUCGGACUGGAUCCUCAGGAGGAUCAGCUCAAAGCUGGCAUGAAGCCUACCGAGGCAGGAUUCGGGCGAGACCAGCCCGAAAACAUGCGUCUUUUCCUAGUUGGCGACGACUCUGAAAUAAUCCAACAGCAGGUGCCGGAGCUGGAGCCGGAGACUUACCAGACAUUCUACGCUGCUUUUGCGAGGGCGUUGGACGGCGGAAAGGAGGAGCUUGUUCCUGUGAAGCCUACCGAGGCUAGGGAUGUUCUGAGACUGGUCGAGGCCGUCGUGGAGAGCGCAAAGACAGGGAGAGACGUUACCUUGACCUAG